ACCAUAUCAAAUCAUUUCGUUCACUCUAAAGAAAACCCAACAAUGGAGGCUCUGCGUUUAAUAUCCUGCACUCUGCUUCUGUUCUCUUGUUCCUUCUCGGCUGCCCUGAGAUACCCUGUUUCUCAUAAGAAAGAGUUCGAAUCGGAUUCCAAAGUGAACUUGGGGAAUGGACAGGCGGAAAGGCUGAUCAGGUCGCUGAACUUGUUCCCGAAGCACGAAGCCAACCUAGUCCUGAACGACCGGCUGGCGAAACGUGCUCCGGGAAUCACGGAGAAGCAGUUCAGUUUGAAUGUCACCGGCGGCGGCAAUGGCCCUUCCAUCAAACAGUUUGGUCACUACGCUGGCUAUUAUUCUCUUCCCACCACCAAAGCCGCCAAGAUGUUCUAUUUCUUCUUCGAGUCGAGGGUGAACAACAGCAAUGCGCCGGUGGUGAUAUGGCUGACCGGCGGACCAGGGUGUGCCAGCGAGCUAGCGUUGUUCUACGAAAAUGGUCCUUUUCAGAUUAGAGACGACAUGUCUCUUCAAUGGAAUGACUAUGGCUGGGAUCAGGCAUCAAACAUAUUGUACGUCGAUCAACCGACGGGGACAGGGUUUAGCUACACGACCGACGAUAGUGACAUCCGGCACAAUGAAACCGGUGUCAGCAAUGAUCUAUAUAGCUUCCUCCAGGAAUUUUUCAAAGGACACUCCAAAUAUGCAAACAAUGACUUUUACAUCACAGGAGAAUCUUACGCCGGCCAUUACAUUCCUGCUCUGGCUUCUAGGAUUUACAAAGGAAACAAGAACAAUGAAGGAAUACACAUCAACCUGAAGGGCUUUGCAAUUGGAAAUGGCCUUACUGAUCCUGGAAUCCAAUACAAAGCCUACCCAGAGUAUGCUCUGGCUGCAAAACUCAUCACAAAGGCUGAUCAUGACUCAAUUACCAGCAACCUGGUUCCACCUUGCCAAUCCGCCAUUUCAGCUUGCGAUUCUGCAGGCGAUGAUGGUUGCACCGAAGCUUUGUCCACAUGCCAGGAAAUCUUCAGUUCCAUAAUGAGCAUUGCUGGUUCUAUUAAUUACUACGAUAUCAGAAAACAAUGCGAGGGUUCACUCUGCUACGACUUCUCUCGAAUGGAGCAGUUCCUCGGCGAUGACAAUGUGAAAUCGGCACUGGGAGUGAACGACAUCGACUUCGUGUCCUGCAGCAGUGUAGUCCACAACGCGAUGAUGGGAGACUGGAUGGUCGACUACGAAACCGGGAUCCCGAACCUCCUGGAAAACGGGAUCAAGGUGCUGAUCUAUGCUGGAGAGUACGACCUGAUAUGCAACUGGAUGGGAAACUCGAACUGGGUUCACGCCAUGAAAUGGUCGGGACAACACAAGUUUCAGGGUGCUUCCACUGUUCCAUUUAUGGCCGGGAACACAAAGUCAGGGGAGCUGAAGAGCUAUGGGCCCUUGGCUUUCCUGAAGGUGUACAAUGCCGGCCAUAUGGUGCCCAUGGAUCAGCCCAAGGCCGCGUUGCAGAUGUUGCAAGGUUGGAUGCAGGGGAAGAUCUAACAAUAAUAACUCUGAUUCUUAAUUCAGGGGGUAAAAGCAUUGAGAUUUCUGUAUACUGAAAUUGACUUGUUGAUAUAAAUUUGUAAUGAUAUC